GUGUGCGGAGAGGGGCCGGCGGUGCCUGCGGGGUGCUCCGCGCCCUCGCCCUGCCCGCGGUGCAGUUAAGAUGCGCCCCGGACGCCGUGUGGUUGCAGCGCGGCGGCGCUGACAUCGCUCACCAUGGACAGCUUCGACUUAGCUCUCCUUCAGGAAUGGGACCUGGACUCUCUCUGUGUCUAUGAGCCGGAUAGAAAUGUGCUACGAAGGAAAGAAUGGGAAAGGAGAAAUCAGGAGGCCCAGCAGGAAGAUGGCACAUUUAACACGAGUUACUCCCUCUUCAGUGAACCGUACAAGACUAACAAGGGGGAUGAGCUCUCAAAUCGCAUCCAGAACACACUGGGCAACUAUGAUGAAAUGAAAGACUUGUUAACUGACCGAUCGAACCAGAGCCACCUUGUUGGGGUCCCAAAACCUGGCAUUCCCCAGGCCCCUCUUCCUAAGCCUGAUGAGCAUCUUGUCACAGACUCGAGAUCUCCGCCACCUCUGUCCGUUUGCAGUGCUUCUUCUUCCACACCAGCAGCUCUACCUGCGCAGCAGACCAAAAGCGCCAUGAUGGGCUGGCAGAAGGCCAGGCACAAUGCUGCUUCGGACAGCCAGCAGAGAGCAAGCAAGCACGGGCACAGGUCCCUGGAGUCGCACAAGAGUGACUUCAAACUGGCUAACCAAAAAUCCAAUCUGGAAAAACUAAAACGCUAUGCAUCCAGUCCCACCUCCUCCUCCUCUAACUCUGCCCAGCAAAGCUCGCUGAGGUCCACACUAGGAGACGUCACCAGAGUACAGCAGCAGUCGAAGCUAAGCUGUGGUUCGGAAGGAGGAGCUCAAGUGCAAGAGAGGCCGGCAAAACACAGCAGCGGGCACUGCGUCCAAAACUUCCCACCUUCGCUUGCUUCGAAGCCCAGUUUGGUUCAGCAGAAACCGACAGCUUAUGUGAGACCGAUGGAUGGUCAAGACCAGGCCCCUGACGAGUCUCCAAAGCUGAAGUUAUCAGCAGAGACCACCAAGUCGUAUAGGGGAGUGCCUUCUAGCAAGCCUGAUUCAGCCAGGACCAAGUCAAAGAUAGCAAAGUUCAGCAUUCCUAAGCAGGAUGAGGACAGUGGAACAGGAGAUAACAGCUGCAUUGAAGAAAUAUUGCGGGAGAUGACCCAUUCUUGGCCUCCGCCGCUGUCAGCUAUUCAUACCCCAGGCAAGGUAGAGCAAAGCAAGUUUCCCUUCCCAAACAAGGAGUCACAACAGGGAUCUACAGGACACAGCAAUACAAGAAAAAGUGAUGUAGAGCCAAAGAGUCCAGAGAAAAGCUCAACCCAUACAUCAAUGCUAGAAGAUGACCUCAAGUUAAGCAGCGAUGAAGAAGAGAAUGACCAGCAGGCAGCACAGAGAUCUGCUCUCCGCGUUCUAUCUGACAGCAGCCUGGUUGCGCCUCAGCCCAAUUCCCGAGCCACAGGACUCUCCAGCAAGGGGUCAAGCAGCAGCAGUUCCAGUGAAUCUGAGACCAGCUCCGAGUCUGACUCAGAGAGUGAAAGCAGCUCCAGCGAGAGUGACGGCAGCAAGCCCUCGCAUUAUUCCAGCCCAGAGCCCGAGCCACCCUCGUCCAACAAGUGGCAGCUGGACAAGUGGCUGAACAAAGUCACCCCGCACAAGGCGCCCAUCCUGACCCACCAUGACGGCCUGGCCCUGGAGAGCCACCAUCCCUACUAUGGCCACGUGAAGGCGGAGCAGCAGGACUGCGAGAAGUCCCCAGCCACCGGCGCGGCCGAGGCCCACAGCGGGGAGAGUCGGGUCGCCACUGCCGCCACCACUGCCAGCGGGGACGGCCCACAGCCCCGGACCGCCAGCAAAGCGCCGGGCAGCAAGGGCAGCCGGCAGAAGUCACCCCCCGCCGCUGACGGCGGGCUGCCGAGGCGGCCGGCCGGCAAGAAACCGCCGCGCCGGGCUGAGAGGACCUCCACUGGGGAAGGCGCGCCGUGCCGCACGGCCGAGGCGCCCGCCGGGAACCACAGCUUUCCUGACCACGCCACCAGCGAUCUGCCAAGGGCCCGUCCCAGCGGCAACAGCGGCGGCAGAGCAGGGCACCGCCGCGAGCCCCGCUCGUCCGUGGCCGGCGAGAAGAGGCGGACCAGGGGGCCGAGCAAAACGGCGCCCAAAUCCAAGGAGUUCAUCGAGACCGAGUCUUCGUCUUCGUCGUCUUCCUCCGACUCAGCCUCCGAGUCGGAGCGGGAGGAGCGCCCGCUGCCCAAAGCGCCGGCCGUGGCGGCCGGGGCCGAGCCGCGGGCCAAGGACUCGGGGGGCAGUGCCGCCCCCAAGCCCCACGGCGGCUGCAGUGCCUUUGGCUCCAUUAAUGCCAGGACUAGUAGUGAAAUAGCAAAGGAGCUGGAGGAACAGUUUUACACCCUGGUUCCUUUCGGUAGGAAUGAGCUCCUGUCUCCUCUGAAAGACAGUGAUGAGGUAAAGUCGCUGUGGGUCAAAAUUGAUUUGACUCUUUUGUCCAGGAUUCCAGAGCGCUUGCCCGAAGAGCCGCUGGCAAUGAGCGCCGGAGCAAAGGAGGCGGCCAGCCUUCAGCAGACUAGUAGUGCUGACCCCCCCACCGAGAAGGGUUUACCGAAAUCUAGAAGGAAACGCAAGUGUGAAAAUGAGGAAGAGUACAGAGAAGUCAAGAAGACUCAUUUAGAACGAGAGAGUUCUUCACGAUUAGCUGCUUCUGCCCAUAGCAUCACAACAGCAAAUCACUGCAAUAUGAAUGAAAAUAGCUUGGCAAUACCAAUAAAUAAAAAUGAGAAAAUGCUUCGGUCACCCGUCUCUCCCCUCUCUGAUGCAUCAAAACACAAAUACUCGAAUGAUGAUUUAACUUCCUCCAGCAGACCUAAUGGCAGCAGUCUAUUACCUUCCAUCUCCUCCAGCAAAAAACAUAAGGGUGAAAUGCAGUCACAGCCACAUGCCGGAGACUUCAAUAAAGCAAUUCACAUCAAUUCAGAAAAUGUUCUUCUCUGCAAUAAGCCUCAGUCCCAGACAGAGCCUUGGUCACCUUUGUCCAGCACACCGAGAGACUGCAGAAGGACAAAGCUAAUCUUUGAUGAUAUGCCACGCAAUGCAGAUUACUUUAUGCAAGAAGCUAAACGGAAGAAGCAUAAAGCAGAUGCAAUGGUGGAAAAGUUUGGAAAGGCACUGAAUUAUGCAGAAGCAGCACUGUCAUUUAUUGAGUGUGGAAAUGCAAUGGAACAAGGCCCAAUGGAAUCUAAAUCCCCUUAUACAAUGUAUUCAGAAACAGUUGAACUCAUCAGGUAUGCAGUGAGACUAAAAACCCACUCAGGCCCCAACGCCACAGCAGAAGACAAACAGCUGGCAGCAUUAUGUUACCGCUGCCUGGCUCUUCUGUACUGGAGGAUGUUCCGGCUCAAGAGGGACCAUGCUGUCAAGUAUUCAAAAGCGCUUAUUGAGUAUUUCAAGAAUUCAUCAAAAGCUGCCCAGACCCCAUCCCCUUGGGGUGCCAGUGGAAAGAGCACAGGAACUCCAUCACCCAUGUCCCCUAGCCCUUCUCCAGUCAGCUCUGUAGGAUCCCAGGGGAGCACAGGGGCCCCUUCACCAUCUCCUAUAAUCAGCAUCCCACAGCGCAUUCAUCAGAUGGCCGCCAACCACGUCAGCAUCACCAACAGCAUCCUGCACAGUUAUGACUACUGGGAGAUGGCUGACAACCUGGCCAAGGAAAACAGAGAUUUUUUUAAUGAUUUGGAUGCACUGAUGGGACCUGUCACCUUGCACAGCAGUAUGGAGCAUUUAGUUCAGUACACUCAACAAGGACUUCACUGGGUGCGGAAUAGUGCUCACUUGUCAUAAUGACUGUGUGCCAUUCACGUGGACUAUAUACCUUUCAUGGAUAAUUCAGUUAUUCUGGACACUGUGCUACAGAAAUAGUCAGCCACAGCAUUGAUCCAAACAAAGGUGAAUAUUUCUUCAAUGUUGAACAAAAUUUUUCUGAGUGUAGACAUGUAUGUGUGUGUGUAUACAAUAUACAAUGAUGUCUCUUCAGAAUGAAUUGUUCUGUACCACUCUCCAAACAUUUUCAUUCACUAGAAAUACUAGAAAGAACUGAUCUUAAUACACAAAACGUACUCUUUCUACUCUUGUGCUGAAAAACUCAGAAACCAAAAUCUCAUGGGUUGACUGAACCAAGUGCAAUAAGCACAAAUCCCUAUUCAGGAAAGCUCUCAAUAGACUCUUAAAUUUAAGCUUGUAUUGAAAUCCUGUUGACUUCAGUGGAGCUUAAGCACGUACACAGGGGCUUUCCUGAAUGGGGAUGAUUGGGGGCAAAUCACGGCCAUGGAGAACUUUUACUGAGAGCACAGACAUGCCAUAGAAGUUUCAGUAUUAAUGUUCCAACUCGCUGUUACUUCCCCACUGGGACACACAGAGGAGUCAUGUAGACCGCAUUAAUAUGGAGAAAGAAGACAUUCCUUCACAUGCAAUAAGUUUCAACAGAUUGCAUGCAUUUCUUUAUCUCCUGUCUUUUCAAAUAACCACACUUCUUGCUCAGCUCCUCACCAACAGUAUGACCUACAGUUUCAAGCAAAAAGCCUGAAAAACAGAUAUGCUAAUAGCAAGCUGUAGAAAAUUGCAUUCUGUUACUGACAGCAAAUAGAUAAAUGAAAAAAGUUGCAAACUGCAAUCCCCUUAGUAAAGAAAAUGUGUUAAUUUCGGCCGCAUACACACAGACGGAUAUCUAUAACAUUUAUUGGCUUUGCAUGGGAAGGCUUCAUCUUACAGAUUUUGAUUUUUGUACCUUUUUCAUCCAGCAGAAGCUUGCUGCAUUUUCUUCUAGGCUGUAUGGGAACAUUACAUGCAAUUUCCCUUAUCUGGAAAGCUGAGUUUGCUGCUCACCAGGCUAAGAACUGUUUCCAAACAUAAUCCUCUCACUCUUCAUGCAUAAUCCUCAACUAGGCUUAAUGUUUCUUGAUUUACAGAAUAUUUUCAGUUCCUGUUGACAAGCUGUUUUUUUGUGCCAGGGGAAUUAAUCCUGCAAUAACUGCAGUUUAAUUUGGGUCAGCUGAGGUCAAGGCCAGUUCCUAUCAGCUAUGUUUGCACUUAGUGCUCUUUUUUUUUUCAUUUUCAGUGGGUUUGGCACAUUUAGUUUUCUUCUUCUGUAUUGGAAAUAUAAUUUUGUUGCCUAUUUUGCAAUCAGAUUUGCAGCCCUUGCUCAGCUCAGCAGCUCUGGUCACUUCGAUGGACUGUCCUUGCCAGCGCCAUUAACUGGACCCUUUGAUUGUUGUUUUCUAAUCUAAUUUACAUAUAUAUUAAGGAAAUGUGAGUACAAAAAAAGCUCUUUCAAUAGAAGAUACAAAUAGAAGUAGCCACUGAUAUUGAUGGUUGAUUGACUGGUCCCUGCUGCCUUUUUUUCCUCCCCCAUUUUGAAGAGCUGCAUUAAAAAAAAAAUAAUAAUAAUGUGGCAUGUUUUCUCAUUAAAACAUCUUUGGCAACACAGGCUAUAUUUACCCAAUGGUGAAGAACAGGUUUGAGAGCACACUGAGCUCCAUAUAGUUGCCUUUUUUGUCUAGGCUGCUUACUAUAACUCCUGCUAUUGCUCAGACUCAGAGCACUGACACUGUCCCUUGAAGCAGCACAGCAGGGUAACUACUAGGGAAUGCUCAGCCCCAGGCCAUCCUGGGCCGGUAUUUAUGUACCAAUUGGUGCUCCCAUCCUUCCUCCUCCAGAGAGUUCCUGAGCUCAGGCUCCACUAACCUCUUAACAUGUGCUUGUGUGUUAUAGUGUGGGUAGUGGGCAAGGCUGGCUUUAAGAGUCAGCGUGGACCUGCCUUUAAAUGACAAAGUAAACAUUCUCCAAGUCCUCCAGUCACUCUUAACUCCAGCUGUUACCUGCCCCAGAGGGAACGCAAAUUAGUUCGUCACAAGUAGCAGUGGAGAACUUGAUCGGUGCCUUUCUGUUUAUUACUUGCCUGGUUUCCAGCUGUGGAAGUCUGCCAUGAUUUACUAGACUGGUCUCUGUGAGCUAUCGUAAGCAAUGGAUUCUGUGAGCUGCUUCAAUACUGUAGGAAGGUACUGUGGGAUUUCUCCUCAGAUCAGGAAAGUGAAAGUCCCCUUAGAUUAGCUUCUGUUUUCUUUGAUGGUGCCUAUGAUGUUUGUCUUCAGAUAUGUUUUUGGGUUUGGAAGUCCUUGUUGCUAUUUAAUGUUGAGAAAAUUUAGAAGUGAUAUAUAUUACUUGCCUUAAAUGGAGUUUAGUUUUAUUGCACACUUGGCAUUUGAGUUUCAAGUAUGGAACUUUGAAGCAUGUUUAUUUUACCAGGAUUAAGAUAUUUUUCUUAAUCUUAAUGAACUCUUUGUAUGGAUGUCAUAUGUCAAGCCACUUCAAAGAAAUGCAAGAAUUAACACUGUCGUGUUGUCACGUGUUUCCAAGUACUUAGGAUUGUCCUUUCUUGUAAAUUGUUCUUAUAUUGAAGUAUUCCACCUAAAAGACCCAUUGAUUUCCAUGGAAAAACACAGGAUUUUUUUCAGUUUUUGUGCUGGCAUCAUCUAUGUUGACUAUCUGAUAAGCACUCUGAGCCUUAAUCUCUGGUGGUGUAACAGGAUGAAGUAGCAGCCAUUUAAACCAAGUAUAUAUAUAAAUGGAUUAGAGGUUUUGGCCUUCUCUCCAUAGGGCUUCUUCCAGCUGGACUAUUUUGGUGAGGUUGUUCAGGAUACUAUUCUGUGCAGACUAUUUACUGUAUAUGGCUGCUGCUGUUUGGAUGACUGGAGCUGAAUGUGGUAUGGUGACAAUAAAUCCUUCCUUUCAUUUUCUUAGGGCCUUAGUGCCUGGAAAAGGGCACGUGGCUUUAAGGUCUGGUCCAAUUAAGCAUAUGCUUCACUUUAAAAACCUGAAUUAUUCUGUUAUUAUUAUUCUGAAUUAUCCUGUUAUUUCAACAGGAGUUGAAGGUCCUCUGUGCAUUUUAGGUGAGACCAGUAGACAUUGUUCUUAUUUGGGGUUCCAUGAAAGCAGGUUAUUUGUUUUAAUCUGUUGUUAAAAUCCAGGAAUGUGUAGGGUUCUUCACACCACAGCAAUUUGCAAGUUCAUUUCGCAGAAGUAAGAAGUCAUUCUGUACAAAUCCAGAAGGAUUAUGCCUGGAGGGAGAGGUUUGUUUACAAACAAACAGAGGCUUCUGAAUCUGUCAGAGCUGGUAAAGCAAUUGGGAUGCACUCAAAGGAACCACGUAGUGCAGGUGGAUGCAACCAAUGCGGAGUAGCUUAUGGGGUAUUCACAGACAGCGAGAUCAUACAGACCACAUUGGCCUUAACGCUUUAUAGCAUUCCACGGUGGCAUGAAUGACAGAUGAGAGCAAAGCAUAUGCAGAGGUUUAAGUGUGGCUAAAAAUGAAGCAUAGUCCUCCCGUCACAUGGAAGGAAACCUCAGUCCCUUGCUUGCCUCCUCUUUUUAUCCAAAUAUCACAGGGCUCUAGAGAAAGAGACUACAAUGAACAGAGAACUUUAGGGAAGGAGGUAAAGGAAGAUCAAGCCCUAAGUGCAGAUACAAGCACAUAUGUAUAUACUGUAAAUCUAAAUAGUAAUAAAAGUCACUCAGCAUGAAGGAUAUUACUAGUGCCUACCAUUGAUCAUUAAGUACUCAUCACUGAGCAGCCAUAUCACCUCAGAAGUGCAGUAACUGUUAUCAAAAUAAUUUGUGCAGCUAAUUAAUUUAUAAGAAAUGCACCUCUGGGACUGUGCCAUAGUAUCUCUUUUGUAAUACAAAUGUCUAACCAUUUUUCAUAGCUACUGAUUCAAAUCUACAUCACUGAAAUGUCUGAAUAUCUUUUUUUCUAGAUGAGGACAUAUACUUAGACCUGGCUAAUCUGCGCUUAGUUUAUCUACCCAAAAGACUUUAGUAGUCACCUGCCUUAAUGCACAUGCAGCAUACACUAUUGACUCACUUAGUUGUAGAUUUUAAUCCAAAUGAAAUUGGAAUUUGCAAAAUGACUCGGAUUAACAGCAUCUGCCUUGGCAACCCUGCAGAUGUGACAUUAAAUGAUUCAUGUUUUUAAGCAGGAAAGGUUGAAUUUUAUGUAAAUAACAAUGGCUGAAUUCCUUGAUCUUUUUACAAGAUUUUUUUAAAUGAAAAGAUUGUCAAAGCAAUAUGUUUUUUAACUCUCUUAAAUUUUCUGGAGGGUCAUGGGUUCAUGGUCAAAGCUAUAUUAAGAACAUGUCCUUUGCAAUAUGCCUUGCCUUUACCUAAUCUGCUUAAUGCUUAAUAUUUCAAAAAGAAAUGUUUCUCUUUCACAAUGAUACCAACCUUUCCCUCCCCCCAUUAAGGGAGAAUCCUCAAACUAAAGAAUAAAAUCUCGUAACACAAUAGAAAUACAAACAGUGCCUGAAGAAUAUGAAUUUGUUAGGAUAACAAUAGGAGUUUGGAUGGCACAGAUCUAACAUCUAAUAUCUCCUUUUGAUAACUUUUUGUUAGCAUUUACAUCACAUAUUUGAAGUCAUUGUGUUUGAAACUAGAGAAUUACUCUGAUACUCCUGUCAUAAAUAGGCCUGAUUGGUCUGAUCACUAUCAUAAUCAUAAUUGUUACAUUAGUAGAUGUGCUGUGUGCUGAGGGCUGGUAAGGCAUGCAACCAUGGAUAAAUUUGUCAGAAUGCAUUCAGAAAAGCAUUUGGAUGCUCUUACAUCUAGAAAACUGGAGAACAAUGUUUCUCACACAAUACUGUUAGCAUGAGACUUUGGCUACUUUAAUGUCUCUCAUAAAGCUGCCAUUGCCUUCAAUAAGGACAAGGCUCCAUUUCCAGCAUUACUGGUUACCAUGCUGUGAAUUGUUUUUAGUAUUAAUUAACACAUUGGGAAAGUCACUUUGGGAACUGUUUUCCCUCACCAGAGGAAGCUUCACAGAAGAAAAACACUGAGAUCCAAGGCUCUAUACAUCAUUCUCUCAAAACAGUAUGGUUUUCCUCAGUGAGAAAGGCAGGAUUCAACUGGGGAUAUUUCCUCAGGUAAUGCCUUUGUGUCUGCUUGCUGUCUGGCUCCAUUGCUCUUGCUAGUCUUCAAGUAUGCAUGCACUUUCAGGGAUGUUUUCUACUUUGGCAGCCCAAGCUACCCUUCAAACAGGGUGCUGGAACACAGAGCAUGCAAGUAACCCACAAGCUGCAUAAAAGGUCCUGCUUUCCCCCACGAUGCCAGCAGCAAGUACAGUGAGGCUCCCUCUCUCUCCUGAUCUGUGUAGCUUGAGUUUCACACUGUUUGCUUUUCCUCCAACUUCAUCACUGCUCUCCCCACUGCUACUAUUGUGGAAUAACCAGAAUACAAUUUAGGUUCAGGUCAGAGCAGAAGCAGUAGCUACAGGGGAGACCACAGAGCAGCAGAAUGACAGCCUCUGCUGAUAUGAACUUCCCUAUAGCUAUAGUAAUAAACUGCUUCUGAUCUGACCUGAACCUAAAUUGUGUUCCGGUUAUUCCACAACACUACCCUCUAAGGACUCCAGUGAGUCCAAGGAAUAUUAAAGAAUGCCAAAAAAUUGGGGAUUUCCUCUGUCCCAAGGCACAUGUUCCUUUUUGGGAGUGAAUAUAGAGAGCAGCAUGGAAAAGGCACUCAGGUCUCAUAUUCCUCAUAUAUACUAAAACAGGGAUACUUACACUUAUCUGCCUUAUAGGGCUUUAAGAGAAUUAAUUAAUGUUUGCAAAUCACUUUGCAUCCUCAGAAGGAAAGUGCUGUUGAAAAGCUAAGGAAAAAACUGCUAAGCACAUUGGAUGAAUUUCACCCCUGAGUCCAGAGCUACAAGACCUUUGAAUUCCUUAAAUACCAUGUAAGCUCUCAAAGUAAGUGCCAGAGUAUAUAAAAGCUCUGCUUAGCACUGAGGGGAACCAGAGCCUAGGUGAAAAUGCCAUUCCCAGAGUAUCUGUAACUUUGAUCCUGGUGGAAAGCAAGAAUCACAACAGCAUCUAAUGGGACAGACAGUGUAGGCUAACCAAGUGGUGUGUAGCCAUCCUAAAAAUUUCAAAGGUUCUUCAUAUGUCUUUAAGCCACUUUGUCUUUCUGUGGAAGAAAUUUGCCUCCCAAAUCUUACCCGAGUGUAUUUCUUAUCCACAGCCUCAGAAAUGUUCAACUUAUUUGUUAUUCCAAAUCCAGCUUUGAAUUACUCCCAAUCGAUAGAUAUUUUCUUUUAAAAUGGUGCAUUGCAGAGGGGACUGGUUCCUUUUUGGGAUAUAAGAAAAAAUAUGUACCUCUGUGCAUCUUUUUAUGAUGCACGUUACCAGUAACUCAUCUGGCAAGUCAAGUGGAGCUUCUCUUGGCAAUGCAGUGUUCAGGGAGUUACCUUCCCAAAUCCCACCACUUUUAGCUGGUAUAACACGGUUAAAUUCCCAGCGCUUUUCUGAUACAUUAUCUCUACAAGUCAGUGGUAAAGCACUUCACCAAUGCCAGGGAAUGAACAGCAGUCAAAUCAACAAAAUGUUUCUAUUGCUUUUGGUGCUAUUCAGCUGAUACUAACAAAUUCAUCCUUACUUAGCACUAUUUAUUGGUUUUUUCUCCAUUUAGCACUCUUCUAUCUGGAAUUCUCAUCCCAUCAACAAAUAUUUGAAAGGAAACACUUCCUGGGGGAACAAGCUAGACAUAGAUGAGAUUUACCGAAGUAUAGGCUCUUCUUAGUCUGUUUGUCACUUCUAUGACUGAAAAUAUUUGUAUUUAAAAAGCGUAUUUUCAUUCACAGUUGAGAUUUUGGGGCCCACCUUCAUCUAUGACAAACAAGUUCAUCUUCCAGUUGCAUAAAGUGCUGCCUGGGAAUAUUGGGACUUCUAGCUUGCCCCAGCAAAUCACAAAUAGUUAAUUAGAUCCAUGAUCAAUAUGUUAAUUAAUUUUAUAUGUCCUCAGUCUUUCAUUUCACAGAGCUGGUCACACAGCCUGCUCUUCCUGCAGCUCUAGACAUUUUCUUCCCCAACUGCAUCUCCCAAGGGAGAGAAAGGAAACAUUGACAUCACUCACACGAGAAAAUAUGGACAACAGUGCAGAGCUGCUGCUCCAGGCAGUUCAGGACCCUUCUGCUUUCUUCUCUUUCCCACCCAACCUGUGGGACUUGGCUAUCUUCUCCCACUAUUCCUUACAAGAAAUUUCUGUUCCCUCCUGAGGAAAAGAUAGUGAGCACUGCUGACGCUGUGCCCAAAUGCUGCUGGGCUCUUCUUCUCAGGGUAAGAAGGGGAUGGGAGAGGCCAUUAAUCUGGAGUAUCUCCCAACAAAGCUGUGCAAGGGACUGAAAACCCUUAGCGCUGGUGACUCAGAAGCCCCUGUGCGAAACAGCAGUACAGUCGGAGUGUCUCAAGUCUCCAGUACACAGUACCACAGUGUCUCCAGGCCUAUGGAGUAGCCACAGGCUCACAUUGUACUAUUGAUUUGCUUGAAUGAGCAUUGCCACUUUAUGACCAUGCACUAGAACCAACAGGAACUGGUGGCCUCACACCUGUGCAAGGCUCUUUUUUUGAGUGUUGUUGACACAGUCAGCAGUAUAAUAAUUCACGGGGGUCAAAUGGCAAGACAAGGCAGAAUGGGAGAGAAAAAUGUCCUGACCUAAACACAGAAAGUGGGAGUCAUCUCAUCCUGUAUUGAAGGUCUAAAAUAAACAAGAGGAAUCACAAACUAGAAAUGCCUCUUUCUCUCCACUGUCUACAGAGGGAACCUAGGUGAUGAACUCAGAUAGAGAAGCAAUAUAAAUCCCAUCCUGGGUUUAUGAUUGUACCUGCUGCUAAUGAGAGAGCCUGCCGAAAUUGGUAAAAUAUCUUUGGAUACACUGAUGCAGGAUAUGGCUGAGAUCACUUUGGGAGGCAGUAGACAUGCAGGAAAAUAUGUAUGAGGUAAAUACAUUUAUUCUUGAGAUAUUUAAAGCAUAUGUUUUAGAUUUGGACCAUCACUUCCCAUUCUCUAAUUCACUGGGCCCAAAUCCAAAGAGGUAAGUAGUUACUUGAGGCCUCAGUGUGCACCUGUAUUCUAUUAAGAUUACUGAAAUAGCCAGAUUACUGAAACAUCCAGAAGAUAUAUUUUACAGUUUAGUAAACACUCAAAGGCACUUUUUUCAUAUGUUGUCUGAAAGUAGAGCUGGCUUUGUGUAAACAGAAGAAACAGUUUUUCUGUAGCUUGUGAAAGAGAUCAGAUUGGACAUGAGCCAACAUUAGGCCAGUAUUACUCUUUUUAUGGAAAUUCAGCAACAUUUGUCAAUUUGUUAUGUGAAAGAACUCAAACAAACUUGUGAUUUUAUCCACGAUGAACAGGCUGCAAGCAACACAGGGCCAUCUAAAGCUCAUGACCUGCCUGCACAACACUGGCUCCAUAGCAGCUCCAGGCGGGGGUAUUCCUAGAUGUAAUUUGAGGCAAGGCCUUUUCCUUGCCUCCCUCUACUGUCAGUGGAGACAGAAAGAGCAGCUUCUUUAGUGAGAGAAUCAGAGCACCUGAAUUAAGCUUUGCUUGUAGUGCCAUUUGUAAGCUGUCUCUUUCCGCUGACUGCAAAAGGAGCCUUGGGAGACCAGGCAAAAAAGCUGUGCGAUGUGCACACUCCUGUCUGCAUAGAGGCCAAGGCAAAAAUGUGGUCUUCGUGGCCUUCCUAUGCAGUGCCAUUACUGCACGCUGACCACAGCAGGCUGAAAUUAUAACCAGUGUAACAAAACAUGGCAUACAAAAAUGCACACAUCACCUACGACAGCUUCCUGCCUUUCUGUGUAUACUGUGAACAGACCUCUGGAUCGCUGCGGUAUCUACUGACCUGGAUGAACCCAGGAUGCAGUAGGCAUCCUGCAAAGUGAACGACAGACUCCGCUGCAAAGAGUUACCAUCUCACAAAAGCCAAAAUCAAACCACACAACAGGUGGGCGAGAGAAAAAAGCAGGUGGGGAAGAGAGUACAGCACGGGCAAAAUAACAGGAUGUUUACAUCUACCAUGACUUAUCCAGUCAGUACCAAGAGUCACAGUAAUCGUAAUUUUCCUUCCCGUUUCCUAUGCGGUGUGUAGCACCGGUGGCUGAAAUAGCCAUGUAGCAGUCCCAGUUUGGGAGCCAGCCAUUGGCUUGCCCCUUGAUAGACGUGUUGGUAGUGCAGGGAGCAGUCAGUGGGGUACUGGCACAAUUCAGCUUUCCCCCCCUCCUCAUUUCACACAGCAAACUUCUAAUUGAGAGUACUUGUCCAGUGGAGGUGUACAAAAAUCAGUUUAUGACCAGCAUUAUUUUUAUAACAAAAUGCAGAGAAUUUCAUUUCCACAUUCAUUUAUAGCAACACGCAUCAGCAAAUUCUUGUAAAAUUAUUCAAGUCAAUAUGGCUGUAUUUGUAGCUGAUAAAGCAUUGCUUAUGUUUCUCUCAGAGGGUGCUCUAUUUGAGGCCUCCCCCACCCAGCCAAAGCUAUAGCAGUUCAUCUUUCCAAUGAGCAUAUUCCCACAGUAUGUCCCUAUAUAGCAGGCAAUAUUGUUUACACAGCUUAAUAAAUGGUGUAUUCUGUACAGUAAUUUAUGCUGUAAGAUAUGUACAUAUAUCACUGUAGCAGUCACAAAUGCUUUAAACUGCCUUAUUUAUUAGAUCAGUUAGCAUUUCCCCCCUUCCUCCAGAAUAUUUUAAAUUAUUUUUGUUUUGCAUUGCAUUAUUUUUAGUUACUGCAUUUUGACCCAAUUAUUGAAAAAAGUUGGUCUUUACAAUAAAUAGAUAGCUAAAAUGUAAGUAGAAAUAGCAAAUUCACUGCCCAUUUAACUAAUAUAGCUCUGAUUAUGAUUAAAAAUAAAUAUCGUAUACUCUUAUCUGUGUAUUAUAGUAUAUGCCAGAAACCAUAUACCACUUGUGAUCGAUACAAACAACAAGAGCUUUAGUAACUUUCACUUUGUCCAUUUCUCCAUUCUGAGACAAAAAAAUAAUAAGCCACUUAAUCUAAAAUGUUCCCCAUGAGAGCCCUAGUCUUAUUCCUUCCUCAGGCGAAACUCACAUUGGCUGCAGUGGGAGCUUUACCUAGGUAAAUGUACAACAUAAGGACAUUACAAAAAUAAAUAUAUCACACAUGAACAGUACUUGUGCUUGGUAGUCAUUCCUAUUUUCUUUUGGUGAGAAACAUAGAGUAAACAUUACAUCUGUAACUCUCCUCUGUCUCACGCCUCCCUUUUUGCUAUACAAGUAAAAAAAUGAGAUUCUUAAACAAUUGUAUUUGUCCCAUUCACUCAAGCAAAAUAUAAAUCUUACGGGGAUCAGUUCCGAUUCAAACUAGAAAAUGAAAGAAAAUUUUACUUCUGUUUGUUUUCAUGUUAAAUUCUGUUACACAAUUAAACAGGUUCAUGCAUACAAAGGCAAUGAAAUUAUAGAUGAUUUGUUUUACUGUUUGGAGAUUUUGCUAUGUCCACAGUUCGUAUAAAACUCAUGUAGCACAGUUUCUGGGAUGGUGAAAAAUCCUACUGUAAUGUAAUAGAAUGAGCCUUAAGGAUUUGUAAGAAUAAGCACUUUUAUAUUAAAAAGCAAAUAUUAAUUCAUCAGUAAGAUUACUUUUUUAAUGUGACAAUAAACCAUGAAAUCAACAUC